AUGGCUGACAAUACUACGAACCGGAAUAAUAAAAAUCUUUCGAUACUUAUUAUUCUUACUUUACUUAUUUUUAUCUGGGUCCUAUCAAAUUUGACUGUAUUGUUCGGUGCAGUUAUAAUCGUUCUUAUUGAGAUAUUAAUAGGUUCUAAUUUUGAAACAACAGACAAUGUAAUAACUACUUCUUCAUCAUCACAAACACACACAAUAUUGCCAAGUAUGAACAAUAAUGAUGAUAAUUCGACCGCAACCACGGUGAAAGAAUCUGGAUGUGAACUAAUUUCGAACAAUCAAGAAGAAAUGAAUAAUGGACACGUUGAUGGACAAAAUGCUGUUCAGGAUACUUCAUCGAAUUUUGAUAGUCGAAUAUCUAAGAAAGCCAUGGAAAAACUUCAGAAAUCUCUUGUGGAAGACGAAACUGGUGCAGUAUCAUUUAGUGUAAACACUACUGUCGCUUGUCAAACUAACGAUCCUAUUUCAACGACAACAGUAACAACGUAUUCACCACCACCAUCAUCACAAUCACCGGUAACAGUUCUAUCAAUUAAACGAACACCUGUGUGCGUAACAGAAGCGCCCAUGAAAAUAGCAAUUUCGUAUUCAUCAGCUCAUCGAGAACGUGUUUAUAAAAUUACUGACAUGAUAAAGGAAAAUGUAAAAACACUUGAAUGCCCUCAUCCUGUUUUUAUCGAUCGAGAUUUUCAACAUGAAAUUUGUCGAUUCGACGGCCGAAAAUAUUUCAGUACCAUUUAUAAACAAGCACAUUUGGUUGUUGUCUUUUUAUCAUCUUCAUAUAUAGAAUCAUAUCACUGCAUGAUGGAAUGGCGAGAAAUAUUUGACAAAUUUACUCCGGCAGAAAUGAAUAAUGAUCCUCUACAAUUGCUUUUGGUCAAGGUUGGCGAUUAUGAUAUGGAGAAAUUAGAUCUUAAAAGAGGUGACUAUGUUCUGGAUGCUACACUACUAAAUGAUGACAAAGUUGCUGAUAUAAUCAAAGAACGAUCGAAUAUGGUAGAACAAAUAUUAGCACAAAAAUAA